AGGGACCGAGACACACUUCCGGACGCCCCGCCUCGCCGCGCAGAUCUCUGUUCACCGAUAAGGGGCCGGGUGGGUCUUGUCAGCGACUUAGGGCGGGUCUGCUCCGGGUCUGGACGAGGAGAUUGGUGGAAGGAACAUCCUCUCCUAUUGCCGUCCGCUCUUCAGUGCCACAGCCGGCGUCGUCCGUGGUGCUAUACCCUCCCGGCUGCCCCUCCCUCAGGGGCCUGUGGCGAGUUCGUAGCGACCCUCGGAACUCCGGCGCUCGGACCGCAGUGGCCUUUGGUCGCCGCCGGGCCGCUCCUCACUUCUUUGCAUUCCUGGCUUUGUCCCGCUCAGAUCGCACGGAACAGAGCCGAGCGGCGGGCGCAGUGCAGUCUAGCGUGGCCGAGCGGCUCUGCGCGAGCAAUCUAGCCGGGUCCAGCGGAGCGCAGCGCGCCGAGCCACUCCGAAUAUCGCUGGGUAGCGCUUUAAGUGCGGUAGCCAGCAUGAAGCGGGACCGGCUCGGCCGCUUCCUGUCGCCUGGGACGGCCCGGCAACGCGGGAGUUCGGGCGGCGGCUGUGGCAGCGGCCGAACUCGGGGUCGCCCUUCCCGCACAAGUGGUGCGUGCGCUGACGGGGCGGCGGCAUUAGAGGCGGCGCGACUCAGCUGGGGCUCGGCGCGCGCUCGCGGGGAUGCGGGCGAGGACGGUGUGGACGAGGCAGGAGCAGGCCGAGCUCUUGCCAUGGGGCACUGUCGCCUCUGCCAUGGGAAGUUUUCCUCACGGAGCCUCCGAAACAUCUCUGACAGGGUGCCUAGGGAGAGCUCAGAGAGGCUGUCCCCAGGGGAGCAUAUCUUCAUCAGGGACUUCCAGCAUCUGCUGGGUGUUGCUGUGCACCAGGACCCAGCCCUGCCUCAGUUUGUCUGCAAGAACUGCCACACCCAGUUCUAUCAGUGCCACAGCCUUCUCAGGUCUUUCUUACAGAGAGUCAACGUCUCCCCAGCUGGCCAGCGGAAGCCUUAUCCAAAGGUUGGUGCUCAGCCCCCCACAGUGGCAGAGGAGGGAGCAUGCAUGGUGGAUCUGAUCACCUCAAGCCCCCGGUGCCUGCACAGCUUGGUGGGCUGGGUACAUGAACAUGCAGCCAGCUGCGGGUCUCUGCCCAGCCUCCAGAGGACACUCUCCUCUGAGUACUGCGGCAUCAUCCAGGCUGUAUGGGGCUGCGACCAGGGCCAUGACUUCACCAUGGACACAGACUCCAGCUGCAGAGCUCUCUUUUUGGACAGUGCAUUGGCAGUGAAAUGGGCGUGGGACAAGGAGACAUCACCACAGUUGGCCCAGAACCCUGAGUUGAACCCCACUGGAGCUGCCUCUCAGCUCUGCCCGGCGAGAGGAACCCCAGUUGGAGCUGAGACCAAGACACCGCCCAGUGUGGAUGUGGCCCUGCCGCACUCACAUGGAGAUUCUGUGGGACAUGGGUCAGGCCCCUACACUCAGCCAAACUUGGCUCCCAGUGAGGCCCCAGGGCAACUGGGUGAGAAGCAGGUUCCAUCUUCAACCUCGGAUGAUCGGGUAAAAGACGAGUUCAGUGACCUUUCUGAGGGAGACUUCCUGAGUGAAGAUGAGAAUGACAAGAAGCAGAACCCACAGUCCUCAGACGAGUCCUUUGAGCCUUACCCAGAAAAGAAGGUCUCUGGUAAGAAGGGUGAAAGCAAAGAAGCCAAAAAGGCUGAAGAGCCAAAAGUCAGAAAGAAACCUGGGCCCAAGCCUGGAUGGAAGAAAAAGCUCCGCUGUGAGAGGGAGGAGCUGCCCACCAUCUAUAAGUGUCCUUACCAGGGCUGCACAGCUGUGUACCGUGGGGCUGAUGGCAUGAAGAAGCACAUUAAGGAGCACCACGAGGAGGUCCGGGAGCGGCCCUGUCCACAUCCUGGCUGCAACAAGGUAUUCAUGAUCGACCGAUACCUGCAGCGCCACGUGAAGCUCAUUCAUACAGAGGUGCGCAAUUACAUCUGUGACGAGUGUGGGCAGACCUUCAAGCAGCGAAAGCACCUUCUUGUCCAUCAGAUGCGCCACUCAGGAGCCAAGCCACUGCAGUGUGAGGUCUGUGGGUUCCAGUGCAGGCAACGAGCAUCCCUCAAGUACCACAUGACCAAACACAAGGCAGAGACUGAGCUGGACUUCGCCUGUGACCAGUGCGGCCGGAGGUUUGAAAAGGCCCACAACCUCAAUGUGCAUAUGUCCAUGGUACAUCCUCUGACCCAGACCCAGGACAAGGCCCUGCCUUUGGAAGCAGAGCCCCCACCUGGGCCACUGAGCCGCUCUGGGACUAUGGAGGGCCAGACUGUGAAGCCAGAGCCUACCUGAGGACUGCAGGUGGGACACCGGGCAUGUCGAGCAGCUUGAACUCAACAGUACACAUCCUUCUGUGGAAGGAUUCUUGAGUCCGAGUGGGAAGACUUGAUCCAAAGCACCUUUUACACUGUUACACUUGCUCCCAUGGGAGCCACUAAGAUGAUGAAAUCAUCCCAAGCUUGGGGUAGACAGAAUGGAGCAACUAAGAGUGAAGACAUUAAAGAUAAACUGUCACUGAGUCACUGUGG